UACAUUCUUCGAUAUCAGCUCCGUCAUCGUUCGGCAAAACACGCACGCUCUUCUUGCACUGUCACGAGAUCUAUCAACCGUUCACACCUUACACCGCUCGCUCUGCACCGGUGCGGAUUUACCGAACGGCCCGAACGCAGUAAGUGCAGGCAGUGCCUCUACACGAGUCUUAAAACAAGGACAACGCUAUCCGAUAUUCAAUAGGAUAGAGAAGGAUGAAAUAUAUUUUUACAUUGGGACAAAUAGCAUUAGCUUUGGUCCAUAGAAUUAAUAUUUCAAUGGUUUGGUCGGUAUUACUAUUCUAUGCUUCCUGAAUAUAACCCUACUUUUCGGUAUAUAAAAUCACAUUCAAAAUUCAAAUCAAUCAAAUUUGAUCCAGUGUGAUUUAGUUGUGAAGAUUUGUGUUAACAUACAGUAAUAGUUAGCUGGUAUUGAGUUAUAAUGUCCAACCAAAAUUUACCUUCGUUGGAGGACCUAAAAAUCGACGAAGACAAUUUUUCUGAAGAUGACACUAUAGAAUAUUAUGAAGAGACUGGUUCGUCUGGAACAAGCAAAGUUCGGUCGCAUCAACUUACUGAUAAAUUGUUUUCAAAAUUUUCUAAUAAAAUUAAUUGUGAGAACUACAACUAUGGUGAACUGGACAAUAAUUCCUGCAAUAUAUUGAAGGAAAACGGUAAGAAAUUGUAUAAUGAUCGAUUCCGAACAAAAGAUAAAAAAGAUAGAGCAACUGCUGAGCAAGUUAUGGAUCCAAGAACAAGAAUAGUUGUGUAUAAGCUUUUGGAAAGAAAAAUUAUAUCUGAAGUUAAUGGUUGCAUUUCAACUGGUAAAGAAGCUAAUGUUUAUUUUGCAUGUACUGAUUCUAAGGAAUAUGCUAUUAAAAUUUAUAAAACUUCUAUUCUAACCUUCAAAGAUAGGGACAAAUAUGUUUCUGGAGAAUUCCGAUUCAGGCAUGGUUACUGUAAAAGUAAUCCUAGAAAAAUGGUUAGAACCUGGGCAGAGAAAGAAAUGAGAAAUUUGACAAGACUGCACACUAAUGGCUUACGAGUUCCUGAACCAAUUCUAUUGAAGUCGCAUGUUCUACUCAUGUCUUUCAUUGGCCAAAAUGGCUGGCCUGCUCCGAAACUGAAGGAUGUAGAACUUACCCAGUCAAAAGCAAGAGAAUUAUACAGAGAUAUUAUAAUUAUGAUGUGGAAAAUGUAUAAUAAAUGUAAAUUAGUGCAUGCAGAUUUGUCAGAGUUCAAUUUAUUAUAUUUUCAAGGAGAAGCUUAUAUUAUAGAUGUAUCACAGAGUGUAGAACAUGACCAUCCAUCAGCACUUGCAUUCUUAAGGAAAGAUUGUACCAAUAUUAUGGAGUUCUUCAGAAGAAAAGGUGUUGCUACAAUGAAUUUGAAAGAUAUGUUUAACUUCAUAACAGAUAUCACCAUAACAGAAAAGAAUAUAGAGGAAUGUUUGCUUGCCUUAUCAGAAAAAGCAGCAAAUACUGAACUCACAGUAGAUGAACAGAUUGAAGAAGAGGUAUUCAAAGAAGAGUAUAUUCCUAAGCGCCUCACUGAAGUUGAAAACUAUGAAAGAGAUAUAAAUAAUAUCAAAUCAGGUGAAACCAGCAAUUUAGUUUAUAAAACUCUGGUUGGUUUAAAAUCAGAUCUUAGUGGAGUUGCAAUACAUCCAGAAAUAUUGGGAAAUGAUAAAUCGGACGAUGAAAGUUCCCUAUCCUCAGAAGAAGAAGAAUCAGUGGUAAAUAAGAAACCUUUUGUGGAUUGUUCCAGACCAAAACAUGAAACUUUAGAAGAAAAGAAAGCUAGAAAAAAAGCAGCAAAAGAAGAAAAAGCAGAGAAACGUAAAACUAAAAUUAAGAAACAUGAAAAGAAGAGAAUUGUAAAAGGAGGUAAAAAAUGAUUUGAUUCUAUUUCAUUGAUUGUAAAUACAUUUAUUUGUAUAUAAUUGUAGAAUAAUGUUGUGAAAAAUAUAUAAAUCUUCUAUUUCAA